AUGUUCAACGCGAUGUACGCGAGUGCGAAGAACGGACUGGACCCGGCCAAGCCCUACACCCUGAACGACUUCGAGAUGAAGGGAAAGCUGGGCAAAGGCCAGUUCGCCGAGUGCUACAAGGCCAAGUUUCUGGGCGACGGAACGCACUAUGCGAUAAAGAGGAUUCAGGUAAGUGUUGGCUACUGGAAUUUGAUGUUUUUGAAUUUUUAGAUGAGCAUGUUGAAGGACAAGAAGUCGAAGGACGAUUGCCGAAAGGAAAUGGACCUGUUGCAGCGGCUCCGACACGAGAAUAUCAUCCGAUACUACGUGUCGUUUGAGGAUAAGGUGAGUGAAAUGAUAUUACUGUGGGGGUCGGUUCCAGUGGCAAAAAACGUAUCAUUUUGCACCCGAGAAGUGUCAAAAAUGUGUCAAAAUGCUUCCCUCUCCAAGUGAAAAAACUUCGUUUUGAAGGCGCGUCCUUUAUCCCCAUAAAAAAAAGCGGGCGCGUUUUUGAAACCGGAGUUUUUUUCACUUGUAGAGGAAGGUAUUUUGCCAUAUUUUUUUGUUACUUCCUGGAUGCAAAAUGGUACAUUUUUUGCCACUGGAUCAGGUCCCCCACUGUAGAAGGGCAGUGUCCGAAGUGCGACGCUCAGAUUUUAAUGAAGCUUGGCAUCAAUUUAGAGUAAUUUUUCCUAUACCAGGAAAGUAUUAUUUCUCUGGUGUAUGGAGUUGCAGGCCGUGACAUAUUUACAUCAAAAAACCCAAAAAUUUUUCUGAUCCAGAAUAUGCAAAAAUUAGCCGCCUAAUUUUGGUUUGUAAAGGCGAAGCUGAGCUAAAGUAAACCCUGAAAUCUUGACAAGCCUUACGAUAUCAAAUUUAGCAGUUCCAAUGUGCAUAUAUAAAUAUUUAAGAAAGGGGCAUUUGCGAGAAAAGUUCUGACGGUUUUUUUCGCCCGUAGACCAAAAUUACGCUGUACCGAGUUUGCAGUAUCAGUCUGUCGGGAAAAUAAUGAGCACUCUGUCGCAGCGAAAAUUGCAUCGCCGCCGAGAAAAUAAAUUAUAUCGCGGCAAAACCAAUUUUUUACUUACAAGGGAAGUACCCCAAGUGCGACGCUCAGAUUUUCUUUAAAUUUUGCACACACGUCGGGCAUGGACUAAGUAUCAAUUCCUGAAAGUUUUAGCUCGCGCUUUGCAAGCGCCGCCGAGAUAUUGGACGAUCUUUGCCGUCGAGAGAGCAUGCUAACCGCGGAGAGCGGUCAGAGAGAAAAACACUUUUUGGCCAUAACUUCGCUAGUUUCGUACGGAAAAAAUUCAUUUCUUGUGGAAGCAUUACCCAUUACAAUAGGAAUAAGCAUGAAACUUUUUGUGUCGAAAUUCUGCAAAAAGUGUCAAAUUUUCGCCGACUUUCGGACUAAAAAUCUCGGUUGUUUCUGCAAAGCGCGAGCUAAGAUUCUCGCAUAUAUCUUAGAAAAAACUAUUCUAAAUUUGUGCCAAGUUUCAUCGAAAUCUGAGCGUCGCACUUGGGGUACUUCCCCUGUUAAUUUCGUUUUUCAGAAUCAAGACUUUUUGUACAUUGUCCUUGAACUGGCCGAUGGCGGAGAUUUGCAUGGAAUGCUGAAGGUAAGCGACAGAUUGUAGAAAGUUUUGAUACCGUAAAUUUCCUCUCAGACCUUCAAGAAGAACCGCCGAUUAGUGCCGGAGAAGACGAUCUGGAAAUACUUUGUUCAGAUAGCUCGCGGCUUGACGUACAUGCACGACAUGAGCAUCAUGCAUCGAGGUGAGACUUUGUGACUCAUAUGUUUCAUAAAUUUGCCAUAUUAGUAGUUUCAUAAAGUGCGUAGACGUUUUUUUCUGCCUUUUAUCGCGAACGCACUAAAUACGCUGUGCACUGGCGACAAGCAUGGGAAAAAGGUCAAAAUUCACUGUACGAAAGAGGCAAAAUGUCCAUGCACUUUAUGAAAAAAACAAUGAUCUUUUAAACAUCAUCUUUGCACUUCAGACAUCAAGCCGGCCAAUGUGUUCAUCACGGUGAAAGGCGUCGCCAAAUUGGGGGACCUGGGACUCGGCCGAUUCUUCAGUAUGCAGACAAAUCAGGCCCAUUCUUUCGUCGGCACACCGUAUUACAUGUAAGUCGAUUUUUUUGUAAAAGCUAGCAGGCUGACCGACGAAAUAGUAGUUUGUAAAAAUCGUGUGUGCAAAGUUUAAUGGAAAUCUGAGUGUGAGUCUUUGAGAAUUUCUUUCUUAAACAGAUUUUAGCAUUUUUUAGGUCACCCGAGCGAAUGGUCGAGCAAGGAUACAAUUUCAAAUCCGACGUGUGGAGUUUGGGCUGUCUUCUUUACGAGGUAGGCUUUCCCACUCAUCUGUUACUCAUCUUCUUGACUUUUUCAAAAAGUGCGUCGACUGUGCGCCACGGCAUAAGUCACGCUCUUUGAAAUGUGUAGCAAAAAAUCUGUGAAUCACAGUUUAUCAAUAUUAUUUUCAGAUGGCGGCGCUACAAUCACCAUUCUACGCCGAAAAAACAAAUCUCUAUGCGUUGGUGAGGAAGAUCGAGCGCUGCGACUACCCUCCCAUCCCAUCGGAUCUGUAUUCCAAACAGGUAAAUUAUCAAUUUUCUGGCGCUUAUGUAGAGAGAGAGAAUCAUGCUUUUUUGUGGAAAAUGAAAAAAAAAAUGAAAAAACAGAUUUUUCGAAAAAAAUAAUUUUUAUAAAAAAAUUGUGUCGUUAUGCAAAAUUUCGCCCGUAAUUCCGAAAUUCCAGCUCCAAAUCCUCAUCGAGAACUGCAUUUGCACGGAUCCGCAGCGGCGCUUCAGCGCGAAGCAGGUGAAAACCGUCGCCGAACACAUGAACGCCCACUUCUCGGGGCGACGAUGA